GGUUUGAAUUUUCUAUCACAAACGUUCGCGUUCUCGUGCUGUGAACAUCAUAGAGCAAAGUGUGUUCAGCCAAUUCACGGUUUAUCUCGCCGAUUCACAUCUCUCUCUUGUGGAAAGAGCCGCUCCUACCAAAUAGGAUUAACCUUAGUGUUUAUAAUUAAAUUAAUUUAGGACUUCCUUUUAUUACACCAAAAAAUCAAUAAAUCAAAAUGUGUGACGAAGAAGUUGCUGCGCUCGUUGUUGACAAUGGAUCCGGAAUGUGCAAGGCUGGCUUCGCCGGCGACGAUGCUCCCCGUGCCGUAUUCCCAUCCAUCGUGGGCCGCCCGAGGCAUCAGGGUGUGAUGGUGGGCAUGGGCCAGAAGGACUCCUACGUGGGCGAUGAGGCUCAGAGCAAACGAGGUAUUCUCACCCUGAAGUAUCCCAUUGAGCACGGUAUCGUCACAAACUGGGACGACAUGGAGAAAAUCUGGCAUCACACGUUCUACAAUGAGCUGCGUGUGGCUCCCGAGGAGCACCCGGUGCUGCUCACGGAGGCACCACUGAAUCCAAAGGCCAACAGAGAGAAGAUGACUCAGAUCAUGUUCGAGACGUUCAACACACCAGCUAUGUACGUGGCCAUCCAGGCUGUGCUCUCACUGUACGCCUCCGGUCGUACCACUGGUAUCGUGCUGGACUCUGGCGACGGUGUCUCCCACACUGUCCCCAUCUACGAGGGCUACGCCCUGCCGCACGCCAUCCUGCGUCUCGAUCUGGCGGGCCGUGACUUGACUGACUACCUUAUGAAGAUCCUCACGGAGCGCGGCUACUCCUUCACCACGACGGCCGAGCGCGAGAUUGUGCGUGACAUCAAGGAGAAGCUGUGCUACGUCGCUCUGGACUUCGAGCAGGAGAUGGCCACAGCCGCCAGCUCGUCCUCGCUGGAGAAGAGCUACGAACUGCCCGACGGCCAGGUCAUCACCAUUGGCAAUGAGCGAUUCAGGUGCCCUGAGGCUCUCUUCCAGCCCUCAUUCCUGGGCAUGGAGGCGUGCGGCAUCCACGAGACCACGUACAAUUCCAUCAUGAAGUGCGAUGUGGACAUCAGGAAGGACCUGUAUGCCAACACUGUGCUGUCUGGCGGCACCACCAUGUAUCCUGGCAUUGCUGACCGCAUGCAGAAGGAGAUCACCGCCCUGGCUCCAUCCACCAUGAAGAUCAAGAUCAUCGCCCCGCCAGAGCGCAAGUACUCCGUCUGGAUCGGCGGCUCCAUCUUGGCCUCGCUCUCCACAUUCCAGCAGAUGUGGAUCUCCAAGCAGGAGUACGAUGAGUCUGGCCCAUCCAUUGUCCACAGGAAGUGCUUCUAAAUUCAUCUCUCUCCCAAGCGCAUCAUCAAUAUUACACCAACACACACUGAAUUCAAGAAAAGAUACAGAAAAUUCUCCCCAAAACAUUGAUGCAAAGCGAAGAAAAAGACAGCAACCUUUUGGGUUAGUAUUACAAGACAUUAUAAAGAAGAAGAAAAAAAGGAAAGAAGUGAGGAAAUUAUGCCGAAAA